CGCCUCCACAUAAACAAAAAAAAAAAAGCUUCCUUCGCAAAAACAUAAAAAUGAUAGGGAUUCAGAAUUGAGAUAGAAACUGAUAAGCCAUUCAAUUUAUUGGUGGCUUCAAAUUCACCUGCACACGUGUAUCUAUAUAGCUGCUGCUUAUCUGAGUCUUCACCGGCGUUUAAAAACCCAAAUUUCUCAUAUCUGAAUCUGGGUUUCUCAAAAGGGUCUUGUGCAACUGAUCCUGCUAAUGAUUAGGAGAUUCUUGGUUUGCAAGAUGGAGCUUCUGACCUCUUAAAGUGUCUUGAGAUGGGAUUAGGAUUAGGGCAUUUUCUUCAUUGAUAUGGUUAAGAAAUGUUAGCUGCGUAUCCUUCGGGAACUAUCAACAAAUUCCAUUUUCCUUUCUGCGAUUUCAAAACCACGGUUUUUGGUCCUUUGAUUAGCUCUUCUGUCUCUCCAAAAUCAAGAGUUCCUUGGAGCAAUGUAGAGUGUCAUCAUUCAUCUUUCUCACCAAAAGGCCAAAUUCAUCAUCCAAGGAAAUGGAUGAUAUGUCGCUCCCGCAACAACUCGGAUGAUGAGUACCGUUCAUCACGUAACAUAGCUAUAAGUCUUUUAAGACGUUACAGGACCGUGAUUGAACGCGGUGAAGGAGAAACCUUAAAAGAAUUCAUUUCGGCUGGUGUGAAUGCAUACGCGCUCGGCUGCACAGAUGAAGAUUUGAGAAAAGAACUAAUUGCUAUGAAAGAAUCUGGCUUAGAGAUCGGACGACUGGAGAGUUACCAUGGAAGCACACAGACUAAAUCCAAGAUUUCGCUGUCCGAGGUAGACGAAUGCAUAUUGUGGCUUAGCAUUGUAUUCAUCACGAUCUUGUGUACGCCACAACCAACGGUUGUGAGAUGGUCAUCGACUCCUUCGGUUUCAGAUGAAAUUCUAACCAAAUGGAGAGGCUUUUGCGCAGUUAUAGCCAAUGCAUACUAUAUUAGAGGAAUGGCAUGGCUGCCGGUGAAGACUCUUCAGUUAGAGCAGAUGGCUGUUACGGGACAAACAGAGGAGCCAUCGGUUGUGGCCAGCCGAAUGCGGCUGGUCUUCAGCACCCUCGAGGUCGUGAGUCCUCAAUGGCCACGGGUUUAAAUAUGAUGUUCUGCAUAUUGCAAUAGUUUAAGUGAUAAGGUAUAUAUAUCUUUAUUUUGUUCUUGGAAUCUUCUUUUCGCCAAAAUUUUAUAUCGUUUUAUCAAAAUCGAUAUGUAAAUUGUUGUAGGAUACUUCAUAUAGUUAAACCUCAGAUUUACGAUAUUGUAAUUUCUCUCUCUCUCUCUCCCGCUCUAAACAUGAUGUUCUACUUCACUUAGAAAAUAUUUAUUUCAAUUUUGUUA